AUGAAUACUCUCAAUGCACCCCGGAAUCCCACGCGUCACCCAGCUAUGACCGCGGAUACGCUUGUCGACGCACCGGCUCUGCCGCAUCAGAAUGGCAGUACAGAAGAGAAACUGAAGGAGCGCGGAAGCUUUGGAAAGCUCUACACGUACAAGCGGAGCCCCCGAGCCCUAGGCAUCCAAGCUGUCGCAAAAUCCAUCGGCUUGGAGCUGGAGCAAGUCGAGCUGCAGCCGGCCAACGGCGUCCCAGACUUCUACUGGAACCUGAACCCGCUGGGCAAGACCCCGACGUUUGUCGGCGCAGACGGCCUGGUGCUGACGGAGUGUAUGGCGAUUGCCCUGCACGUGACCAACGAAGACUCGACGACCACGCUCCUGGGCAGCAGCUCGCUCGACUUCGUCCAGAUCAUCCGCUGGAUCUCGUUCACCAACACGGAUGUCGUCACCCGCAUGGCGUCCUGGGUCCGGCCGUUGAUCGGCUACACGCCGUACAGCAAGGAGGAGGUGCUCAAGGCGCAGCAGCAGACGACGCAGGCCAUCGGCGUCUUCGAGGACAGCUUGCGCGACCGCAAGUAUCUCGUGGGCGACCGCCUGACGCUGGCUGAUAUCAUGUGUGUCAGCUUGGUGUCGUUUGGGUUCGCGCAGAUCUUCGAUAAGGAGUGGAGGGAGGCCUUUCCAUACUUUUCGGGCUGGUACAUGAUGGUUAUGCAUUUACCCAUCAUGAAGGCAGUGGUGGAGGAGGUGCCGUUUGUCGAGGAGGGCUUGCCGAAUGCACCGCCCACGGAGCCGUUCAGGGCGCCUUAG